AUGAGUGGCAAUGAAUUCCGUUUCUUCCUUUCAUGCGACAUUAAUCUGCCCGUCACCUUCAAAAUCGAGAGACUGGAAGGGAAACUGUCUCCGGUGAAGCCUCCCGACUCAGAUGAUAGUGACUAUAUAGAGGAGAGGAAACCGGAGUUGUACGUUGAGUGCUUGUUAUACGUUGAUGGCGCGCCAUUCGGGCUCCCCAUGAGAACGAGGUUGGAAUCUGUUGGCCCAUCAUAUUGUUGGAAUGAACUUGUUACUCUGAGUACCAAAUAUCGUGAUUUGACUGCAAAUUCACAACUUGCCCUAACGGUCUAUGAUGUUUCAUGUGGGAAAAAUGAGGAAGUGGUUGGUGGGGCGACAAUUCAUCUGUUUAACAUGAAGAAACAGCUCAAGACUGGGAAGCAUAAGCUCAGACUUUGGGCGGGUAAAGAAGCAGAUGGCUCUAUAAACACAACAACGCCUGGAAAGGUCCCUAAAGAGGAGCGAGGAGAAUUAGAACGUUUGGAGAAGCUUGUGAAUAAGUAUGAGAGAGGACAGAUUCAAAGAGUUGACUGGCUGGACCGGCUUGCAUUUAAAGCCAUGGAGAAAAUUAAGGAACGCGAAAGCAUAAAAAAGGGGGGUUCCCAUUUGUACGCUGUCGUUGAUUUCUGCAGCUUUGAACAUCGAGUGGUCUUCCAGGAAUCUGGUGCAAAUUUCUUGAUUCCAUCCCCAAUAGCUUCAACUAAUGAACUUGUCACUGUCAAACAAAUAAGGGUUGAAGAAGCUCCGGAGUUGCUGAAGAACGAGAAAGAAUUGUACCUCACGGAAGAGAAAUCAGACACGUGGUCGAAGAAGCGCGAGGUAGAGAACCAUUCCAGCGGCGACGCAAGAUGUCAGGGCAGUGCGAAUAAAGGGAAAGAAAGACGCAUGGGUGGGCAUGGAUGUCUAUCGUCUGUCAGGCUGUCGAAUUCACACCGGCCCACUGGCAAUGAAUGCAGGCGAUGCAAGAAGAUGGGCCAUUGGUUCAAUACGAAAGUGCUCCCACAUUUGAUGACGAACAUUGUAAGCCUCGACCAGCUAGGAGAGAAUGGCUACAAGGUCGAUAUUAACGACGUGGUGGUGAGGAUCAAGGAUCCCGAUGGACAGCUGUUGGCGGAGAUGAUGCAGAUAACCAACCGCAUGUACAAACUCCACAUCAAGAUGACACAAUCAUCGUUCUUGGUGUGUGCAGUUGCGGUCACAAGUGACUGGGCAGGUCGACCAGGGGUGCAACAUGUAUCAGGUCGGGAAGAAGAGGUGAAUUCGUUUUUUAUGCAAGUGGAGUAUCUUUCACAACAACAUCUCGAGCAAGUGCAUAGUGAUCUAUGCAGCCCCAUCACGUCGGCGACGCCCAGAGCUGGUGCCGACCCCGUCUUUUCCGGGACCACCGUCAGCCCGGGUUUCAAACCAAACGAGGUCCGGCCCGACCUCGACCAACCGCAAUGCAACGGCCGAGGCCGACCUCACAGACAUCGCAUUGGGCCCGAAACCGUCAAUCUCGCCGCCGAAUCACAGACCGAGCCUCCGAAUCGUAGGUGCCGACCCGACCUCACCGGCCACACACAAGUCACUGACGUGGGUGCCGAUCUGUAG